GUCGAUUUUCAUGCCGCCCGAUGUUGCUUCUACCCUGGUUUGUCUACAAUACGAUAUCAGUCUGGACUAGCCAUACAGUAUCUCAAAUGUUCUCACAGCGAAGACCGAACUCACUUGCAGCAUGCAAUUUCCACCAGACCACCCAACAUGGCUGUUCCGUUUGGACCACAUCCUUGUCUUCUGGCCGUUGUGCUCUCACCCUUUGGGGCCCCCUUGCCAAUGUACGGAUACUUAUCAUGCACAUCCUAACCCUUGCCACCCCUCCUUGUGUUCGGAACGCUUUGGCCCUCCUUGCUGAACGAGGCUGGAAUCUCACCUGGAAUGUCACUCGACUCUCUCCAUGUCUGGCUUAAGCAGAACAUCCCCAUGGCUUCGCGCAUGAUGCCACAUCCGAUAUAACAAUUUCCAAGGCGCAGGACGACAGACUCAGAGUUCUUUCUGUUCUCGAAGGAGUAUUGCGCGACGACAAGAUGCCUCUUCCAUUCUUUGAAAAGCUGUCCGCCCCGGCAAAAGUGCAGAGGUUGAGCAUCUUUGCCCUGAUCACGAUUCUGCUCGUCAUUCUCUUCGAAUCAUCGUCCUUGUCUAACGUCCAGGUACCAAAGCUGCGCAAUGCUAAAGCUGAACGAGCACGGUCAGAAUACUACCUUCAAUGGGGUCCAUUCGAGCCGCUGUCGAUACCAGGUUUCGUCAACACUGGCCUGCCCGGGAAGAGAUCAUGCGACACUCUAAAACACAACUCGACGGUUGGUGUUCAAAAGAGCUUCUUCCUCAAUGACAACGUUAAACAGAUCGCCUUGUCCCUCGAUUCUCAUCCUGUUGUCGACUACCCCGACGAUCUCAUGCACGAUCCGAAUCUGACGGUCGAGGACAUCAUCGACAAGACUUGGACCAGAAUGUCAGGGUCCAGCGUUUGGCUUCCAGAUCAGAAGGUCUACCUAACUGUCACAAGGAUCAUCUUUUGUCCUAGUCAGACUUGGUCGGUCCCGAAAAUGAGCUUCCUCAGAGGUCAGUUGUUCAACGAGGAUUGGGAACACCUGGACAACUACAACAUCACAUGGAGCGACAAGAAGCUGAAUUUUCCAAUGGUCUUCGACAUCCCCGCGCAAUGGGAGGAAGAUGGAGAAUUGUUCGGACCGGAAGAUCCUCGCGUCAUCCUCGAGGACGGGGUUGAAGGUGCUGAGCCGGUUGUGACCUUUAACAUGAUCGCCAGAGGUUCCAGCUGGAAGCGUGCAAUUUAUAUCUUCCGCCCCUUCAGUAACCAUACCACCAUUCUCACGAUUCGAGACCAAGAACGACAGGACACGGAAAAGAAUUGGGCACCCUUCUUUGUGCCCGAAGAGGAAGUGGUCCCAGCCAGCCUUGCCAACAAAUUGCACCUGCCAACGUCCUCAGUCGUCCGCAAACCGAGCGAGUAUAUCCACUUCAUUUACGCCUUCAAGCCUCUUCGCAUCUUGAAAUGCCACCUCCGCUGCGGAGACUGUGAGUUUGUUUACGAGCAGGUGUUGCCGGAGAAUUUCUUGAAUCAUCACAAGGAAAAUGGGGGCAGCCUGCGUGGUGGCACCAAUUUUGUGCCGGUUCCCGUCCCACAGCACAUGGGCUUGGACGAAAAGAUGAAUGUAUAUGCAGCAUUCCCCCGGACAAAUAUCGAAGGCCAUUGCGGUGGGAGCUUUUACCGGCCGGAGUUUGUCGUCCUAAUCAACAUAGGGACGCAGUUCCAUCUCGCUUUUGCCAGCGAGUCGUUAGACUUUGGCAGUUCCCUCGUCGAACUGGGACCUCAGGAUGAUCGAUGCGACAAAGGCCGUAUCCUCAUUCCCAUGAGUAUUGCCCAUUGGGACACAAGUCAUCGCCAGGACAUCAUGACCGUAACGUUCAGUGUUGACGAUUCAACGGUUCAGGUGGCUCGCGUUCGGGGGUUGCUUGAGUUUGUUCUGAACUUGCCUCAGUUCAAGACUCUGUUGAAGAAGGAUGGCGUGCUUAAGGGCGUACAAUCCGAUGUGAUGAAUAUGCUGUCGUCCUGGGUCGGUGAUGACGUUCGUGGCUGUCUUGUGGAGGCAGCUCUGAAUUAUACCGAGGCGGCGCAAGAGAUUACGCACCCGAAGAGCCCGAAAGAUGAGAUCGAUCCUUCGAAGGAACUGCUGCGCAAGAUUUACGAAGAGCAAGAAAAGCAAGCAAAUGGCCAAGAACACAACGACGGGGACCGUCAGGACGAAGGUGACCACCAGGGCGAAGGCGACCGCCAGGACGUAGGCGAUACCGAAGACCCAGGUAUCCCAGAUCUCGAGCAGGGCGCGCUAGACCCAGACGUUUAUGCAGCGUGGGAACAAGUCAAUACUCAGCAGAAAGACUCGCCGGACCAGCAUGGUGAGGCCAAUUCGCCAACUGUGUGGUGGAAUCAGGAUGGGUCAACCGAGGGCAGGAAUGAUGCACACGAUCCGGGCACGAGUGAUGAACAGCAUCCAAGACGGCACAUGAACCGGCCCCAACAUCACCAUCGCAGAUCGAGACGUUGAGAAUUAAACCACUUCCUUGGAACCGAGGAAUUUGGCGACAUGGGCCUCGCAGUUCAACGAGUGCCUUGGACUGGCGCCAGGCUCGGAUGUCUUCCGAAUUCCCGACGAGGCUGUUUUACUAUUGUAUCGCUGUUGGCGAUUUAGGGUAUGAAUCUGAGCGUUCUCGUUACUUUGUACAAUUAAUGAACAACAUCGCAAUCACGAAAAUUCAGUAUGAGAGCAGGAUAAAAACCAAAAAGCA